CUCUCUCUCUCAUUAAGCUAUGAACAGAAGUGGAGAGUUCACUGCUAAGCCAGGGUCCUGUCCUGAGGGUGUUGUGGAGGCACCCAGGAGUGGAGGGUGUGAAUGGGACUUAGACUGCCCAGGCUGGAAAAAGUGCUGCCAGAGAGAAGGCCUUUCUCUCUGUACUGACCCUCAGUCUGCAGGCAGUAGAAGCUGGUGCUUUCACGUCACUGUGACAGCGAAGAUAGAUUACCAGUGGCUGAUAUCCAUGGACGGGGGAAUCCUGAACCACACAAGGCUGCUGCACUCUGUGGUGACUGGAGCGCUGGACUCUUAUGACGUCUCAGUAUACUAUAUCAGAUCCUGGCCUAUAUGGCCAUUUAGAACCUCCUCCUCUCUGCUGAUUAGUUCCCCUGAAAUUCUGUCCCUGUCCAACACGACCACAAAGCUGCACCUUCUUCUCAUACACAUUGAAGAAGUCACCUCGGUGUCAGUUGAAGACAUGAAUGAGUGUAGCCAUGCCGCUCUCAGCAGCUGCUCACGUCAGGCAGACUGUACCAACACAGAGGGCUCCUACAGCUGCACCUGCCACCCAGGAUUAAUUGAUCUCAACCCCAACAACAAAGGGGCACACUGCCAAGCUGCUGACCCUGUGACCUCACUCGUGCCCAGUAAUGCCACUCAUAUGUUCUGGUGGGCCAAUGCUACAGAGUUGCCACCCAACAGUACCAGCUAUCAGUCCUGGGUCUCCAGCAUAACUGAUACCCCAACAGCCAUAGCUACAACCACAAACAGGAGCAUGAUGCUGAGCUCGACCCAUAUACAUGCUACCACACAUAACCCAGUUAACGCCAGCUCCAACAGGUCUGAGACCAGUACCGCAGUGACACCCUCGAGUACUGUAUUGACAUCCAGCAGGCCUGAAAUCAGUACAGCUCUCACAUCCUGGAGUAGUUCCACCUCACUCCAGCAUACCACUAACCCCAACUCUCCAACCCCAACCCUCUCCACCUCGGCCCCCUCUGUACCGGCAUGGCAGACACAUCACCAGCAGACCAGCACUAUGCCACAAACCAGCCUGGAGCCCACUCUGGUGGUGUCCCUGAGUUUAUCACCACCAUCUCCAUCCACAUGCUACCCCGCCCCCAUCACCAACCUGCAGGCUUCCAGCGUCACUGGCUCAUCCUUCUACGUGUCCUGGAUGACUGGCCAAUCCCAGAGCGGGUUUAGCUUUCUGGUGGUGCUGAUGGAGGGGUCAAAGGUCAGGGGACGCUGGGAGACAGGGCUGUCAGUCUGGGAGGUGACAUUGUUGAAGCCUGGGGUUCUCCACAACGUUACUGUCAUUUCCUGUCCCUAUGGGAGUCAGGGGACCAGCCUGCUGGUUAAGACUGCUGCACAGACACUUGGAGCAACAGCUCACCUGACCAAUGUGCAGUUCACUGAUGCCCUGCUGGACCCUACUAGCCAGAUGUAUCAGAAUCUUAGUCGUAGUAUUAUGGAAGAGAUCCUCCAGUCUCUCCCUCCUGAUGUUCUGGCCCUGGUAAACUCAGGAGAUGUGAGGGUUCAGAUCACAGGCCUGGCCCCCGGCAGUGUAGUAGUAAACUUCACCAUCAUCUUCACACCCAGUCAGUCCCUGGACAUCCUGAAAGUGUCCUCUGUUCUGAUGCAGGCCCUACAGAACAGCUCCAGAUACACUGUUGACAGCAACAACACCAGCAUAGAUGAUGUUGAUGAGUGCAGUACAGGGGACAUGGACUGCUCCCCAUGGGCCCAGUGCACUAACACCUGGGGCUCCUACAGCUGUCUCUGUCUGGAUGGAUUCACGGACUCUAACCCCUCUAGGCCGGGACGAGUCUGUUCAGCUCCUUUGACCACAACCACACCUAUGUCCACAACCACACCUAUGUCCGCAACCACAACAAACACUCCGGUUACAACCAGCAAUACAGUGUCAACCACUACCACAUAUAAUACAACCUCAAUUACAUCCAACAAUACAGAUGCAGCUACAAUGAACGCACCCGUUACAACCACUGUCAACAAUACAGUUAGAAUCAACAACACAGUUUCAACCAAAACUCCAGUCACAAUCACAACCAUGGCGCCAGUUACAACCUCAACCAUCACUGAAGUUCCUACAAAAAUGACCAGCGGUCUCAUCAAAACCAGUCUGCAGCCUGAGACUCCUACAUCUCUGGCUCCUCUGGUCUCUUAUACGGAAGCCAUCUCAGUGGAGUGCAGGGCCAGUGCCAUCACGGUGACAGUGGCCAGGGACUUCCUGUUGUCGGGGCACAUUGGGGACUCUUCCCUGUACCUAGGGAGACAGGAGUGUGGCGUGAACGGAGGGAACAGUAGCCACGUCCAGCUGACGGUGGCUUGGGACGAGUGUAACACACAGCUAUUAUAUAACAGCACUCACUACACUGCUCAGGUGAAUCUGUACAACUUGCCUGAUGACACUACAAGGGUUCCCACAGUAUGGCUGAAGGUCCCCAUCAUGUGUACCUUCAGGAGGAGCAUCAUCAUCUCCUCUGGUUACAGCACCGCAGGGUAUGAUAUGAUCAAUGAUGCUGUCAUGGGCUCAGGGACGUUCUACGUGACAUUUCAGCUCCUGAAUGGAAUGUCACCCCUACCCCAGAACUACAGCCUGUCUCCUGAGGAGGACGUUGUGGUCGAGGUCAGCGUUGACUCCACGGUUGCCCAGAUCAAAGUGGUCAUCAACAAGUGCUGGGCCACCCAGAGCAGCAACCCCUUAGAACCAACAACCUAUGUUUUUCUGGAAAACAGCUGUCCCCUCCCAAACACAUACACCACAGUCGUUGAGAACGGCAACUCCAGCAAGUCUCGCCUGUCUCUUCGCAUCUUCUCCUACAUCAACCUGAAUGUCAUCUACCUGCACUGCCAGAUUCAGAUCUGUAUCGAGACUGGCUCGGCCACCUGCCAGCCUGAUUGCUUUGGGCGGACAGAAAGAUUAUCCAAUCUAAUUGGAACAGCAAAAGCAUCCUGUGGACCACUGCUUAGAUCACACAAAGUGUCCGUCGAAGAGAGAUCUGAUACUCUUCGUCUGGUGGGCUACAGUUUACUGGGAAUAGGACUAUUCCUCCUCUUUAUCGGGAGUCUCUCUUCCUUGUUCUUCAGCCACAGGAAGCGAAUUGGAACCUACAGCUUCAGCCUCAAACCCAAACAAGAUAACUAUACCUAUCAUGUUUUCAAUACUUAGUGCUGGAACACUUUUAGGCUAGUUUUAGUGAACUCAAAGACAUAGUAAAGUUGGUAUUUAAUUUAUUCAAGCUGUUGCCUAGUAGUCAGAAAUGAAGAGGUCAAUACAGAUAAUUAUGAUUAAACUAAGGCAUAUUAUUAAAAAACUAAGUGUAUCAAAAGGGCAGAAUUCAUUAUUAAUUUGGAUGACAUCAGGGUCUCUUCAAUUUUUUCAACAUUGAUACAUUUAAAUACAUACUGUAUACAAAGCACUGUUUGCCUUGGAAAUUAAUGUUGUCUUGUUAGGAUUUGUAUAGUGAAUCUUAUUUAAAAAAUAUCAUAUAUUCUGCUAUCCCUUCA